AUGGAGGAGCCAUUGAAGAAAACGGAUGUUCAGCGAUAUAGUCGGCAACUUCUGGUGCAAGGAUUCGGGGUUAAAGGCCAAAAGAAAUUGUCGACUUCAAAAGUGCUGAUCGUCGGUGCAGGAGGGCUUGGAUGCCCUGUGGCGCUGUAUUUGGCUGGAGCCGGCGUCGGUACGAUCGGAAUUGUCGACUUUGAUGCGGUUUCCAUCGACAACUUACACCGCCAGAUUGGACACCAAGAAUCGAGUGCCGGCCAGCCGAAAGUUGAAUCGCUGAAGGACACGAUAACAAGGUUGAACUCGACGAUAACCGUGAAGACGUUCCGAGGAGUGCUCAACGGCAAGUAUGCGCAAGAAAUCGUGCCCGAGUUUGACGUGGUAGCGGAUUGUUCGGAUAAUCCGGCUACAAGGUAUUUGGUUAACGACAUUUGCGUGUUGCUGAACAAACCGUUGGUCAGCGGAAGCGCACUGCGUUGGGAGGGCCAAUUGACAAUCUACCACUCUGGAGAUAACUGCCCCUGCUACCGCUGCAUCUUCCCCCAUCCUCCAGCUGCCCACCUUGUGACGAAUUGCAGCGAGGGUGGCGUUAUGGGACCGGUGGUUGGUGUCAUCGGCUCGAUGCAGGCCCUCGAGAUCAUCAAGCUAAUUUCUGACUCAACAGAGACCCUAGCGGGGAAGCUUCUCAUCUACGACGGUCAAGCCGCACGUGACCACCCGACCAUCACCGAGCCCAUCGACUACGAGACGUUCUGCGGGUCAGGUGUUGUUGAUAAGACUCCCUCGCUGACCGUACUGGCCCCAGAAGAACGCGUAACUGUCCAACAAUAUGCCGAAAUUCGCAAGGAGCACCCGCUGCUGAUCGACACGCGGCCGCCACACGAAUUUGCCAUCGUCAGCCUGCCGGAAGCCAAAAAUCUCCCGCUCGACCUCAUGCAACACGCUGCCAACGACGAGCUUGAGAAACUGAUCGAUUGCCCGGAGAAGACAGACGUAAUCCUCAUCUGCCAUCGGGGAAACGAUUCGCAAUUGGCCGUUCGUUUGUUGAAGGAUCGUCUAAAAGAGCGGGUUGACGCUGGGAGUCUCUGCUUCCGCGACGUCAUCGGCGGCUACCAGCAAUGGGCCGAAGAAGUUGAUGCCGAAUUCCCAACCUAC